GAGGUCCCUCCCGGCCGAAGGGUUUAAAGAGCGCCUCUGGGGGUGCCACUCAGCUGGAGCGUCCGAUCGGUGCCAGGCCAGGUGUACGCGUCCGUCGGUCUUUCCGUGCCCGUGCCGGAGACCAGCCCCGGAGGCCGCCUGGGCCCGUCCCUGCGCCCGGCACCAUGAAGCAGGAGUCCGCAGCCCAGAGCACCCCGCCUCCCUCACUGUCGCCUGCACCAUCCGCGCAGCCCUCCUGGGAGGAUGGCGACCCCCAAGCCCUGUGGAUUUUCGGGUACGGCUCCCUAGUGUGGAAGCCGGAUUUUGCCUACAGCGACAGCCGCGUGGGCUUUGUACGUGGCUACAGCCGCCGGUUCUGGCAGGGAGACACCUUCCAUAGGGGCAGCGAUAAGAUGCCUGGCCGAGUGGUGACCCUCCUUGAAGAUCGUGAGGGCUGCACUUGGGGCGUGGCAUAUGAGGUUCGAGGGGAGCAGGUAAAGGAGGCCCUGAAGUACCUGAACGUAAGGGAAGCGGUACUUGGAGGCUACGACACUAAGGAAGUCACCUUCUAUCCUCAAGACACCCCUGACCAACCCCUCACAGCCCUGGCCUAUGUGGCCACUCCACAGAACCCUGGCUACCUGGGCCCUGCUCCAGAAGAGGUCAUUGCCACACAGAUUCUUUCCUGCCGAGGCUUCUCUGGCCACAACCUUGAGUACUUACUGCGUCUGGCAGACUUCAUGCAGCUCUGUGGGCCUCAGGCGCAGGAUGCGCACCUGGAAGCCAUUGUGGACGCCGUAGGAACAAUGUUGCCCUGCUCUUACCUCACCGAGCAGGCUCUGGCACUGGUUUGAGACUCCGAGUCCCAGCAGGGAGUGUCCGCGUGGUGAACAUCAACAUGUAGCACUGGAGACAGACUGGAUGGAGCUAGAGAAAUAUGAGAAGGCAGGGCGGGUGACUGGGGACUUUGUGUCUUCUGGCCCCUGCCUGUCUGCUAGCUUCGGACUCUUCUGGAUUGAUGCUGACUUUACUACUUGAAUCUUUUAUUUAUUGCACCAUGUUGGUGUGGUGGGCAGGGCAGGUGGGGGGCCUGCCCUGGACGUGGGCCCUGCUGUGCGGUGGCUCUGCCCUAGUCCUCUGGUGCCUGACCAGAAUCCCCCUGUUGCUGCUGCUAAUUCCAUACCGCCCAGGCCUCCUCCACAUCCCCAGGGAGCCUCCAAGAGCCUUGAUUCUCUGUUCUCUCAGACUAACUAUCCCCAGCCCUGGAAAUGUCACCUCCCCAAGUUCCCAGCCUGCCGGAUGAGGGGCAGCAGAGAACCAGGAGUGGGAGCCCUUCAAGGACCAAGGUCCAGCAUCCCUCUUCACUGCCUGGGAACCGGGGCAACGCUGGAACCUACGCAUAGACACAGCUGCUCGGACUGGGCCUCUUUUCCCGUUCAGUUUCAUUCCCCUGUCCUUCUGUCUGUCCGGAUCACUGGUAGACCUGUGGAAACAUCACUACAGGUCCUCAUCCCCUCUCAGUCUGUCCUACACUAUUAUCAUAAACAAUCUUUAAUUCCC